CCGCGCUGCUGCAGCGCGUAGCUCUCCGGUAGAAAAAUAUCAAAAAAUAUCUGAAAAACAACAAUAUUGGAUAAAACGCCGGGAAAAAUAUUUCAAAAUCCGACAUUUGUUUCUGUAAAAAUAUUGUUUUCCAAGAAAUUUUUAAAAAGUAAAUUUUUCGGAGGUUCAGCAAAGAAGAUACGUCUGUAUCUUCCGGAUUGAUAAACAAAUUCCAGCACCGAAACGUAUUUGUCGCGCGAUUGUGAAAAGUUAUUUGUCCACUGUGUACAUUAAUUAAUUAAUGGUAUUUAAGCCAAAAACAAAGUGAAUAAAGGCAAAUAUAGUACCGAAAGAAAAAACCAAGGAAAAUAUGCUCAGAAAACGCAUCCAUAGUCUACUUACCGCAUAAAAAGCCGGUAACGUUAACGGAUUACUCUAAUCGCCGUCGCGUUAAUUCGACUCCUGCGCCGACCCGCCCCCCGCCACCCGUUUAUAUAUCCGACUAACCGUUAAUCGCACGCGUAUUUCUGUCUCUGUGUGCGUGAGCCUUUAUAUCCUCUGUACAUAUGUACAAUAUUUGUCGUCGUCGUCGUGCAUCGUUGUUGUUGUUCUUGCUGUUAUCCUUAUUAUUCAUCGUCGUCCGCUGGCAUUAAUCUGCGUAUAAAGUAAAUAUAAAAAAUUUGUGUUCUUCGGUGUUGUCUCGUGUAAGUGUCUAUAAUUUGUUUAAGUACGACAAGCGAUCGGUGCGAAUCAAAAAAUUCCAAUUCACCUGUCUGUGUGUGCAAAUCGAUAAUAUCGCAAUCAAGAAAAUAACAACAGCAACAACUGUAUCAAUCAACCGACGUCAGCAAAAGACCAACAAACAGGAAUUGCUGGGACAACUAAAUUUCUGAGUCUUCAAAGCAUUUUGGAUCCAAACGUCCAUAGAGUUUCAACUUUAAGAAAAGAUCCAGUUCAUAAACUCCAUUUUACUGGACACUAUAUGGAAGAAAUGACUGACUUUUUAUCCCUCAACUUCUUGUUUCCCGCUAAAUAAACAAAUCCCAAAGACGAAUUAAGCCCUGUUAUACCAAAAAGGAAAAGUUGUUGAAUAAAAAAUUAAUCAAUAUAUUUGCCACACAAAAUAUCAAUUUAAAGAUUAAAGUAAACUCAGAUGCAGUAACUCUAAAGCACGCACAACCAAGCCAAAUAAAAGCAAAAUCAAAUCCAUUUAAAUACAAUAAAGUUAGACGAAAAGCACACACAGAAAAUCAACAAUAAUAAAUGUUGCAAAUUUAAUCAAACCAACUGGAAUUUAACUAAAUUUUAUGCAAAAUAGAAAUGUUAAAUUUACACAACACAAACCACAAUAACAACAGCGCCAAGAACAACAACUGCAACAAAGGCCACAAAAUGCAUUUGACAAGUGCAACGGCGGCUAAAGCAACAAUAAUGAAACAUAAGUUAAGCAAAUUUUACGGAUAUGGUUGGAUGCAAGUCUUCCUACUACUUACAGUCCUCGUGAUUGGUAAUCAAAGUGCCUGGCAGGAGAAUAUACGACCAAAACUCUACGUUGAAUUAGGUCCCGAAGAUGUACUAAAGUUUGUGGGCAACGAAAGUGUCGUGGAUCACUUCAAGCUCGUCACCAAGGAUGGCAACAGCCUGCUCAUCGGUGCCAGAAACACGGUUUUUAAUUUAAGCAUACAUGAUCUCGUCGAGCAGCAGCGCUUGGUCUGGACGUCGCCGGAGGAUGAUACCAAAAUGUGUCUCGUCAAGGGCAAGGAUGAGGAGGCCUGCCAGAACUACAUUCGCAUCAUGGUGGUGCCGUCGCCAGGUCGCCUCUUCGUUUGCGGCACCAACUCGUUCCGACCCAUGUGCAAUACGUACAUCAUCAGCGACAGCAACUACACGCUGGAGGCCACAAAGAACGGACAGGCGGUGUGCCCCUACGACCCCCGUCACAACUCCACCUCUGUGCUGGCUGACAACGAACUGUAUUCCGGAACCGUGGCUGAUUUCAGCGGCAGCGAUCCGAUUAUCUACCGAGAACCCCUGCAGACCGAGCAGUACGAUAGCCUAAGUCUCAACGCACCGAACUUUGUGAGCUCAUUUACGCAGGGAGACUUUGUCUAUUUCUUCUUUCGGGAAACCGCUGUAGAGUUCAUCAACUGCGGCAAGGCGAUUUAUUCGCGCGUCGCCCGCGUCUGCAAGUGGGACAAAGGUGGCCCGCAUCGAUUCCGCAACCGCUGGACGUCCUUCCUCAAGUCCCGCCUCAACUGCUCCAUUCCUGGCGAUUAUCCUUUCUACUUCAACGAAAUCCAAUCGGCCAGCAAUCUGGUGGAGGGACAGUAUGGCUCGAUGAGCUCGAAGCUGAUCUACGGAGUCUUCAACACGCCGAGCAACUCAAUUCCCGGCUCAGCGGUUUGUGCCUUUGCCCUGCAGGACAUAGCCGAUACGUUUGAGGGGCAGUUCAAGGAGCAGAGCGGCAUCAACUCCAACUGGCUGCCAGUAAACAAUGCCAAGGUGCCCGAGCCUCGUCCUGGUUCCUGUCACAACGAUUCGAGAACGCUUCCGGAUCCCACAUUGAACUUCAUCAAAACACAUUCGCUAAUGGACGAGAAUGUGCCGGCAUUUUUCAGUCAACCGAUUUUGGUCCGGACGAGCACAAUAUAUCGCUUCACCCAAAUCGCCGUGGAUGCUCAAAUUAAAACUCCGGGCGGCAAGACAUAUGAUGUUAUUUUUGUGGGCACAGAUCACGGAAAGAUUAUCAAGUCAGUAAAUGCCGAAUCCGCCGAUUCCGCGGAAAAAGUCACAUCCGUGGUCAUCGAGGAGAUCGAUGUCCUGACCAAGAGUGAACCCAUUCGCAAUUUGGAGAUAGUGAGAACCAUGCAAUACGAUCAACCCAAAGAUGGCAGCUACGACGAUGGCAAAUUAAUCAUUGUGACGGACAGCCAGGUGGUAGCCAUACAAUUGCAUCGUUGUCACAAUGACAAAAUCACCAGCUGCAGUGAGUGCGUCGCAUUGCAGGAUCCCUACUGCGCCUGGGACAAAAUAGCUGGCAAGUGCCGUUCCCACGGAGCUCCCCGCUGGCUGGAGGAGAACUAUUUCUACCAGAAUGUGGCCACUGGCCAGCACGCGGCCUGCCCCUCGGGCAAAAUCAAUUCGAAGGAUGCCAACGCAGGAGAGCAGAAGGGCUUCCGCAACGACAUGGACUUAUUGGAUUCGCGACGCCAGAGCAAGGAUCAGGAAAUCAUCGACAAUAUUGAUAAGAACUUUGAAGGUCCCCAAAUCUCUGCAGAUAUAAUCAACGCGCAGUACACGGUGGAGACCCUUGUGAUGGCCGUCUUGGCCGGCUCGAUUUUCUCGCUGCUGGUCGGCUUCUUUACAGGCUACUUCUGCGGUCGCCGUUGUCACAAGGACGAGGACGACAAUCUGCCAUAUCCCGAUACGGAGUACGAAUAUUUCGAGCAGCGGCAAAAUGUUAACAGCUUCCCUUCGUCCUGCCGCAUCCAGCAGGAGCCCAAGCUGCUGCCCCAGGUGGAGGAGGUGACGUACGCGGAACCGGUGCUCCUGCCCCAGCCGCCGCCGCCAAACAAGAUGCACUCGCCGAAGAACACGCUGCGCAAGCCGCCGAUGCACCAGAUGCACCAGGGCCCCAACUCGGAGACCCUCUUCCAGUUCCAACCCGACGGCUACAACACCCAGCAAUCGUAUCGCGGUCGCGACAACUUCGGAACACUACGUUCCCACCAGGUGAUGGGCGACAACUAUAGGCGCGGAGAUGGCUUUUCCACCACCCGCAGCGUCAAGAAGGCUGUAAACAACACAAACACACGUAACAGAAGUCUUGGUCGCGCAAGAAGACAGCCGCCCCGUCAUGGCAUUGUAACUCAACACCGUUCGAAUAGCCCCCAGCAGCAACAGCAGUCACAGCAGCCGCACUCCAGCUCCGGCUCCUCGCCCGUAAUGUCCAACAGCAGCAGCAGUCCGGCUCCGCCAUCCAGCAGCCCCAGUCCGCAGGAGAGCCCCAAGAACUGCAGCUACAUCUACCGUGAUUGAUUGAUAUGCAACACCAAAUCGAUGCCGCUCAUCCAGGCCCAGUCCACGCACGCCCACCCGCAUCCGCAUCCGCCCUCGCACCCGCCCCCCGGUCCGACCACGCCCCCCGCCCAGCCACGCGCCAGGAGUCCGAUGAUCGGCAGGACCUAUGCCAAGUCCAUGCCGGUGACGCCAGUUCAACCGCAAUCGCCGCUGGCGGAGACGCCCUCCUAUGAGCUUUACGAACGCCACUCCGACGCCACCUUCCACUUCGACGACGAGGACGACGAUGAGGACGAGGAGCAGGACCAGGAGGACACCUCGUCGCUGGCCAUGAUCACACCGCCACCGCCCUACGACACGCCUCACCUGGUCGCCAUGCCGCCCCUGCCGCCGCCCCGCAGAUUUCGCUUCGGCAACAGGGAGCUGUUCAGCAUGAGUCCUGCCGGAGGCGGAGCCACGCCCACAGCCUCGGGCAGCUCCACCAACCGCGGCAGCAGCGCCAUAACGCCCACCAAGCUGAGUGCGGCGGCAGCGGCCAUGUUCGCCGCCCCCCAAAUGGCCACCCAGCUCAACCGGAAGUGGGCCCACCUCCAGAGGCGACGGCGCAGGCGCAACAGCAGCUCCGGCGAUUCCAAAGAGCUGGACAAACUGGUCCUCCAAUCGGUCGACUGGGAUGAGAAUGAGAUGUACUAGCACACAAGCCACUGAUAGAAUAGCAAAAAGCGAAUGAAUCUAAUUUCACUCUUUUUGGGAAAUCUGUAGACAUUUGUUCGUAUUAUCUGCAUGGGAACCGAAUUCCAUAUAUCGAUACUUUGUCCUAACAAGUGAAAUUGGAUAAAUUCCAAAUGAACAUCAAUUAGGAAGUUUUUUGACAUGCGCUAAUUGUGGCAACAUUAUCAAAAAAAACCGACAUGGAUAUCAAGGUAGUAAAUUGUAAAUGACUACACAAAGUUAAUCUCUUAAUUCAGGGGACCCAAACCUAUUAAGAUUUUCAAUGAAUUGUCUUAAUUCAAGAAGAUUUUUUGGAAAAUAGUCCCGAAACAUUAAACAAUUUUAGCAAACUUCAGGACAGCAUUCCCCUAACUAAAGUUGUUACCAAUUUACUACCUUGACUAGUACAAAAGACUCAAUUCCAAAGUGGCGAUGCAGUGGCUUAAUCACCCUUUCCUAACCCCUCCCCCUCCCAUUAACUACACGUAGCAAUCGAAUAAAUCAUUCACUAGCGAUAGGAACUGGAUCGGGAUUUACUUACACACAAAAGCCAGAGAAGUUAUACACGAAAUUUAUAGUUAUAUAGCCUUAUACAUAUUCCCCGAUCUGCUAAGUAUACACGAGCAUAACAGAACAUACGUAUAUAUGACUCUAUAUAUACACAUUGAUUAUAUAGACACGGUUCAAGAGAAACGGCUACGCUAAAUUAGAGCUGCAAAAUGAUAUUGUUAAUUACGAUUAGUGAAAAAUUAACAGUUGUAAAUAUUAAUCCUAAAGAUGGGCAAGACGUAACGUAAUCUAAGCAAACCUUAUUCGAAUAGAGUAUACACGAUAUACAAGAUUUUUUGCAUUUAACCAGAGAAAGUAAUAAUAGAAGAAAUUUAAAAGAUGAGAAAACAAAACGAAACGCUUAUUACUGAUUUACACAAAUGAAAUAAAUUACAGAAGCAGUAGGAGGGCAAACAAAUUAGUCUUAAGCCGUCAGAAGUCGGGGAAAUAAGAGGGGAUUGCAUUCGGGAUUCAUUCCGAACUUCCGAGCUGGAACUGGAACUGCCAAUCGCAAAGCAGCGCUCCCAUCGAAAUCGAGUCCAUCGAGUGCAUUUUCCAUUGUCAAUUUAAUUUGCAGAGCCUCACGCUAUAGUACUUCCUCGGACUCCAGUGAUUCAGUCUGCAGUCUGCUAUAGGAAAGUGUAAAUUAUGUACAGGACUAAACGCAUUAUUCAACCGAUCUGUACAGAAAACAGUAUGUGCGAUAUGUGCCAUAAUUGGGCUUGUGCCCACCUUGAGUUCAGUUGUUAUUGUUUGCAUUGAUUCAGAACAGUUCUCCACUGAGAACGGAACUCGCUAUCUUUGUAUAUAUACAAAUAUACCUAUAUAUGCAUGAAGAGGGACACACAAAUUUCAUGUGAAGUGAUCGAUCAAAAUUUAGUGAAAGCAUUAAAACUAAACUUUAG